CCCUUCAAGAUCAUUCCUGCUGUGGUGGAUGGGGCCUUCCUACCCAGGCACCCCCAGGAGCUUCUGGCCUCUGCUGAUUUUCAGCUGAUUCCGAGCAUCAUUGGUGUCACCAAUGAUGAGUAUGGCUGGGGCAUUCCCAUGUUCUUGGGCCCACCUGAAAUCCAGGAAGACGUAGACAGAGAGACCAUGCGAGCUGUUCUGCAGAGAAUAUCAGUACAGACGAUGAAGUUGCCUGCCGAAUGUGCUGACCUAUUGAUGGAUGAGUACAUGGGAGACAACGAGGACCCCCACACCCUCCGACUCCAGUUCCAUGAGAUGAUGGCGGACUUCAUGUUUGUGAUGCCUGCACUCCAAGUAGCACAUUAUCAGAGUUCCCAUGCUCCUGUCUACUUCUAUGAGUUCCAGCAUCGGCCCAGCAUAUUCACGGACAUGAAGCCACCACAUGUGAAGGCUGACCAUGGUGACGAGCUUCUCUUUGUCUUUGGAUCCUUCAUCAGUGGCAUGAGCGUUGAAUUCACUGAGGAGGAGGAGCUGCUGAAAAGGAGGAUGAUGAAGUACUGGGCCAACUUUGCUCGAAAUGGGAACCCCAACGGAGAGGGCCUACCCCACUGGCCACUGUUCGACAAGGACCAGAAGUACCUGCAGCUGGACAUCCAGCCUGCUGUGGGCAAGGCCCUGAAGGCCCACAGGCUGCAGUUCUGGACCAAGACCCUGCCUCAGAAGAUCCAGGAGCUAAAGGGAGCUAAGGACAAGCACACAGAGCUCUAG